AAAUUGGCAAAUCCAUCUGUCAUCUCUUCUUCAUUUCAUUUCAGCUCCUCUUCACUCUCACCGGCUACCGCCACCGCCGCCUUCGCCGCUGAUGAUUUCCGCCGUCCUCGUAUUACCAAAUACUGGUUCUGAAGGAUGAAACUCUGAAUAGUCUAGCUUCUGUGGAAUGGAGGAGUCAUGGUGGCUGAACAAGAUAAAGCAUCAUGCAAGGUGCAAGUGCGUUCUAAUUUGAGCAUAGAAAUCAUUCCAAAAUGCUUCCGCUCUCUACACUAAUAAAAAGCGGUUUCACUCUCACACCGAAAGAUUUCAGCAAUUUCUUUCUCUUCCUCUCCUGGAAUCGAAGAUUCCAAUCCAUCAUUCACCUUUUCUCCCAACUCAGUUGCAAUAAUAUUGAAGCUGAUGUCCGGACGCGCACAAUUUAUACUGAAGCUCUGCUUGAGCAACACAAAUAUGAGGAAGCAGCUGAUAUCUUGAAAACUCUAACCGGAAAAUCCAGUAUUUUGCAUAAGAAUCAAAUAUUUAAUACUUUGAUUCAAGGAAUUUGCAGUUAUAAUCGAGAUCCUUAGAGGGGGCUUUCUAUGUUCAAGGAUUUCUUGAAAAUGGAUGCGGUUGUUCCAUCUUCUCGCACUUUCUGUUUGUUGAUAUGCUGUUUUAGCAGAAUGGGGAAAAUGGAUAGGGUGAUUGAUUUGUUGGAAGUUAUGUCUGGUGAUAAAUUCAAGUACCCUUUUGAUAAUUAUGUUUGUAGUUCUGUUAUUCUUGGUUUCGUGAGGAUUGGGGAGCCUGAACUUGCGGUUGGGUUUUAUGAAACUGCUCAAAAGUCAGGUUCUUUGACUCCUAAUGCCGUUACUUGUACGACAGUUUUGAGUGCUUAUUGUAAAUUAAGAGAUGUAAACAAUGUUUCACAUUUGGUUACUUGGAUGGAAAGUAAUAAGUUGCCCUUGGAUGUUGUAUUUUAUAGUACUUGGUUGCAUGGAUGUUUAAUGGAAGGAGUGGUUUAUGAGGCAUUUCAAAGGUAUAGAGCAAUGGUGGAUACUAAAGUUGAGUUGGAUACCAUUGCUUACACUAUCCUCAUAGAUGGAUUUUCGAAGAAUGGAUAUGUGGAAAAGGCUGUAGGAUUUUUGCGCAAGAUGAGAAAGGAUGGACUUGCACCAAAUUUAGUUACUUACACUGCAAUUAUUUUGGGGUUCUGUAAAAAAGGGAAAUUAGAUGAGGCAUUUACAGUUUUUAGCAUGCUCGGCAGGUUGGGGAUUGAAGCUGAUGAGUUUACAUAUGCUAUUUUGAUUGAUGGAGUUUGUAAAAAGGGUAAUUUUGAUCUUGUAUAUACUCUGCUCGAUGAAAUGGAGAAGAAAGGUAUAAGUCCUGGUGUUGUAACAUACAAUACUGUCAUCAAUGGAUUAUGCAAAGUUGGGAGGACAACCGAGGCAGAUGAUUUCUCGAAGGGCAUAGUUGGAGAUCUCAUCACAUAUAGUACACUUUUAAAGGGUUAUGUUGAAGAGCAGAAUUUCUCUGGGAUCUUAGAAACUAAAAGGAGACUGGAAGCAGAAGGUAUUCAGAUGGAUGUGGUCAUGUGUAGCAUACUAAUAAAAGCCCUACUUAUGGUUGGCUUGUUUGAGGAUGCACUUGCAGUUUAUAAAGGUCUACCACAAAUGAACUUGUCUCCGAACUCUGUUUCAUAUUGUACUCUGAUUGAUGGAUAUUGUAAAGUAGAUAGGAUCAAUGAAGCGCUUGAAAUAUUUGAUGAUUUCCGCCGGACCUCAAGUCCGUCAGCUGCUUCUUACAAGCGUAUUAUUUUAGGGCUCUGUAAUGAGGGUAUGGUUGACAUGGCUACUGAUGUGUUUCUUGAAUACAUGUGGAAAGGCAUGACUUUGGAUAGAAUAGUGCAUAUGACAUUGAUUGAAGCAACAUUGAACAGAAAAGGUGCAGACAGUGUUUUAGAAAUUAUCUGCAGAAUGAAAGACAUAGGGCCUCGAGAUUUACAGAUUGUCUGUAAUGAUGCCGUUUCUUUGCUCUGCGAAAUGGGUUUCCCUGAGGCAUCAUACAGUGCAUCAGUGGCAAUGAGAAGUGAAGAAUUAGCUUUGGAAAGUAUGGGUUAUUGUUCAAUAAUAAGAGCACUUUUGUUUGAAGGUAAAACGUUAUGGGCUCAGCUUAUUCUUACUUGCUUCAUCAAGAUGUACGGCUUGUCUGAUCUUUAUGUUUGUAAGACUAUUGUAAAUUACCUAUACUUGAAUAAUUUGAAAAAAGCUCUUGUAUUUCUUUCACGAAUGAAUGAGAAAAAGUGGAGUGUAACCAUUCCUAUUUCCACUUUUAUGACACUAACAAAGGAUGGAAGAGUUGUAGAUGCAUACGAGCUCAUGAUGGGAGCAGAAAGUAACCUUCCCCGUAUGUAUCUUAUCAAUUACUCCGUUAUGAUUGAUGCCCUGUGUAAAGCAAAGCACAUCAACAAGGCAUUAGAUCUCUGCACUUUAGCCAAGAAGAAGGGAUUAGUUCUCAACAUAGUCAUCUAUAACUCUGUCAUAAAUGGUCUCUGCAGCCAAGGUUGUCUGAUUGAAGCUUUUCGAUUGUUCGAUUCACUUGAGAAAAUAGAUAUUCAUCCUACAGAGGUUACAUAUGGUACACUUAUUGACGCUUUAGUUAAAGAAGGUCUUCUACAGGAUGCCAGGAUUCUCUUUGAGAGGAUGCUCCUCAAGGAAAUUAGGCCUAAUACUCAUAUUUAUAACUCGUUGAUUAAUGGAUAUUGCAAAGCAAGUCUACUUGAGGAAGCCAUAGAGAUUUUCCAGGAUUUGGAGGCACGGAAUCUUAAGCCAGAUGGAUUUACAAUUGGUGCUCUCACCAAUGGUUACUGCCAGAAAGGUGACAUGGAAGGAGCUCUUAAAUUUUUCUUCGAGUUCAAAGCUUCAGGUUUGUUACCAGAUUUUCUGGGAUUCAUGCAUCUCCUCCGGGGUUUGUGUGCCAAAGGAAGGAUGGAAGAGUCCCGGAGCAUUUUGAGAGAGAUGCUUCAGACCCAGUCAAUCAUUGAUCUCUUACAAAGGGUCGAUACUGGAGUUGAGUGUGACUCGGUGGAUAACCUACUUGUUUCUCUCUGUGAGCAAGGACGUAUUCAUGAUGCCCUUUCCUUGCUUGAAGAAGUUGGUUCACUGCUUUUCUCUGCUAAGAGUAUUUCUUCUUGGCAUGUAUUGGAUCAACAUGAACUAAAAGCAAAUCCUGAAGUAGCACAUUCAAGCUAUGCUGGAUCUGAUUUUCUUUCCCUGUCAUCCGACUACACAAAAUUGGAUGACAUGCUAAGUUCUAUUGAACCUGGAAAAAUGCAGCCGCUGAAUGAUUUUAAUUCUUUUUAUUCUCUUAUUCAUUCACUGUGUUUGAAUGGGGAGCUGGCUAAAGCAAAUAAGUUGACUAAGUUGCUAAUGAAAUCGUGAGCUGUUUGCAGCACAAAAUGCACAUCUAUUCUGUCACAGGAAUGAUAUCUCUGCAACUAGUAUCUGCAGCCUUAAAGGUACCAUCUGAUUGCUCAAAGGUUCAAAGACCAUCAAGAGUAGUCCACUCCAUCUCAGGGGAGGAGAUUGUACAGCUUCUUCACCAAUGUCACAAUCUGGUUGUUGCGUAACAAUAAAAUUACUCUCAUCAAAUGUCUUGACAGAAUAUCGAAAGUAGAUGCUGUAGUGUUCGAUCCUUAUGCGUGUAAGUAACCACUGCAUAAGCCACAUUUUCUGAUUGAGGUUCACCUUCAUCAAAUGAAGUAGUAGUAUAAAAUGAAGCUGUUUGUGUUGGAUCUUUCCGAUUUUUGGUUUCCGGGAUUCUGCAUAGCUCGCCUGAAGACGGAUGGAAUAUCCUUAUCGGAAUAGUAUGAAACCCACAACAGCCAAGUGCAGAUAUUCAUACUGUAUCAUUGAUUUAGCCUUUACUUUUUGUAAAGGUCAAAAUUACUCAAUUAAGUUGGGAUAUCUCAAAAAAAAAUACGAUUCAAUUUAAUUGAGACUGAUGGGGUAUUAUUUUUAAAAAAAAUGAGUGCUAAAAAGAAACGAAGAUUUUAAUACCAUUGUAAAUAAACAUAAACUGGAAUUAUGGAAACGGCCAAAGGGUCCCAUUCUGAUUACCUCGUAUCCAAAAAACCAGACAUUAUUAAUUAUUAUGUCAAAUCCAAUACCAAAAAACAGGUCAAAUAUAUUAAUACAAUAAUAUUUCAAUAUAGAUAUUGAAAGAGAGCGUUUUAUUUGGUUGGUUAUAAUAAUAUUCCGCAAAGCAUCAUUUUGUUCGUUUUCUCUCUCUCCACCUUCGCUUUCUUUCUCUAGAUUUCUGCUUCUUAAAGUUUCUAUCAUUUCUUGACCCAAAACCUUUGCCUGGAUUUUCUCUAAUCUUCUCAGAUUUUCACAAUUUCACGCACUCACCAUUGUUAACAACCGUUCAGCUUUGAUCUCGACACGCCUCAUCAAUCGCCAUGCCCAAUGGUUCACCGGAAAUCCGAUUCUUCUUCCGAGAAAUUGUGUUGAUGUUUUAGGGCAAUGUGUUGAUCGCGGAAUUGCAGCGGAGAGCGGAUAAAAAUCUUCACUUUAUGGCCGUGAAUGUGUUUAAACAUCAAAAUUGGAUCAUACGAAAAUCAUCUCGAAUGCCUUUUUUCAUCGUGAUCAUGAUUUUAUUGGUAUUGUAGCUGGAUUGAAGGGGAAGAAACGGAAAAACGGAGAAUAGGAAGGGGAAAUAAGCUGUUUCAGGAAAAAAAAAAUAGAAGAAAAAAAGGAUUUGUUUACAAAAUAUUGUGGAAGCUGCAAUGCCGGAAACGGCAUCAUGUUCGCGUCGUUUUGGUGGCCUUAGAGGGGUCAAAUGGCGGGUGGAUUUGGGGAUUUUACCGUCAUCUCCUUCUGCAUCCACCGAUGAUCUUCGCCGUGUCACCGCUGAUUCUCGGAGAAGGUAUGCUGCAUUGAGGAGACAGCUUCUGGUUGAUCCACAUGUGCUAAAAGAUGGAAGUAGUUCUCCUGAUCCUGUCAUUGACAAUCCGCUGUCACAAAAUCCUGAUAGCAUGUGGGGUCGCUUCUUUAGAAAUGCCGAACUGGAGAGAAUGGUUGAUCAAGAUUUGACACGUUUGUACCCUGAAAGAGGCAGCUACUUCCAGACAAGUGGAUGUCAAGGCAUCUUACGGAGAAUUUUGUUGCUUUGGUGCCUUAGUCACCCAGAGUAUGGCUAUAGACAAGGGAUGCAUGAACUCUUAGCUCCACUGGUGUAUGUUCUUCAUGUGGACCUUGAACGCCUCUCAGAAGUGAGAACAACUUAUGAAGACCAUUUUAUUGACAACUUUGAUGGCUUUACAUUUCAUGAAAACGACUUGACAUAUAAGUUUGAGUUCAAGAAAUUUUCAGAAUCUGGGGAUGAUGGGAGCAAAUGUAAAAAAAAUAAAAAUAUAGCCAGUCUCGCUGAACUUGAUCCAGAGAUACAAACCAUUAUCUUACUUAGCGAUGCCUAUGGAGCAGAAGGUGAACUUGGUAUUGUCUUAUCAGAUAAAUUUAUGGAGCAUGAUGCAUACUCAAUGUUUGAUGCUUUGAUGCGUGGUGCUUCUGGUGCUGUUGCAAUAGCAGAGUUUUUCACACCGUCUCCUUUCCGUAAUUCCCGUUCUAUGUUCACCCCUGUAAUCGAAGCUUCUACUGCAAUGUAUCAUUUGCUUUCCUUAGUUGAUGCAUCCCUUUACACUCACCUUGUUGAACUUGGGGUUGAACCCCAGUAUUUUUCACUGCGCUGGUUAAGGGUAUUAUUUGGACGCGAAUUCUCUCUGGAAGAGCUUUUGUUGAUCUGGGAUGAAAUUUUUGCGUGUGACAAUACAAGGUUUACCGAAGCAGAUGAAACUCAUGCAGAAUCAGACCUUGGAGUCCUUGAUUCACCUAGGGGAGCAUUCAUUUCUGCUUUUGCGGUGUCUAUGAUACUUAUGAUAAGGUCUUCAUUGCUUGCCACUGAGACUGCCGCUUCCUGCCUUCAGCGGUUGCUGAAUUUCCCAGACGAUUCAAGUCUUGUUAAGCUUGUGGAAAAGGCAUAUUCGUUGAAGAGUCUGGCUGUAGAAGUGAACCAUACCAGUCCUCAGCUCGUUCACCCUGGGUUCUAUGAAGAAGCGAAGCCUGGGGUUACAAGGGGUUAUAUUAACCACUCUCUCGAUGCAACUUCUCCAAGAACUCCUCUCAAAGAUACACCGAAGAGCUACUGGGAAGAGAAGUGGAGAGUGUUGCACCACAAGCAAGAAGAAUACAAGGAAGCUGGUGUGGAAGAAAAAGUGCCCCACAUCCGAAAGGGCUGGUCAGAUAGGGUUAAGCUUCUACAUUCUAAAACCGAGCCCGAGCCAUCCUCACCAACAAAAAGUGAGAGAACCAAUCUUCCUGAUCCAAGUAUUAGGAGAAGUUUGUUGAGUGAUCUGGCGCAGCAACUUGGCGCAGAUGAUAAUGAAGUGAAUGCAGUGUGCAGUGAAGCUGUAGAGCACCAGGAUCCGAUCGAGGUUACUGGACAAGAUGUUACAAACAAGAUAUCAAUUGAUGCGUUGAGUACUGCCGGGAGCGAAGAAAAUUGUCCAGAUCUCUCAAAUCCACCCAGUCCUAACCAUACGAACAUCAAUCAUGAGAAUGUGUCGGAAAGAAGUAGCGUUGCAUCAAACUCAUCUGUUGACGUAACUGAUUUUGAUUCAUGCAGGACUAACACAAAAUCGUCCCCUCUUCUCGGCCCUAGCAUCUCUCCUGACAUCUCAAGAUGUUCCCUAAAUGACGAUUUACUGGGUAAACCUCCAAAACUUAUGCAGUACACAAGAACCCUGUCAGGUAAAUUUAAUUGGUUGCUGAAGUUGGGAAAAAAUGCUAACGAGGGAACAUCUGAGAGUCCCAGUAUGCCCAUUGCAACUAAAUAUCCCAAUGGCCAGAACAGUGCUGCUGCUGCCUUUUCCGUGGAUAAUGCGUGUGAUGUCUCUUCCAUAUCUAGCAAAGGUGAAACGGUGGAUCAGAAUUCAUCAGUUAGCCUCAGGAAUCUUGCUCAAUCAAUGCUCGAGAACAUUCAGGUGAUUGAAUCUGUCUUCCAGCAGGAUCAUGGUGAAUUCGAACCACCAGAAUCAAAGAAUGUGCUCGUUGGCGAAGAACAAGAGACAGCCAUGUCCGCGCUCAAAGAGCUUCGGAAAAUCAGCAGCAUUCUGUCUGAUAUGUGAUUUGCUCCAUACUGAUAACCAUUUGUGUGUCGGGUAGCAAAAGCAAUUGUUGCUCUGGCUUAUUGUUUUCUUGUAUGUAUAAUGUAUGUAUCUUCAUCGUGACAUGUAUAAUAUCAUUAAUUGCACCUUGUAUUUAUACAGAUUCUAUCUAAUAAAGAAAUACUUAUUCUGAUUUUUCACAAA